CGGGGCGGGGCGCACAGGUGGGCGGGGCGGGGCGGCCGCAUCCCGGUCCUCCGCCUCCGCCCUGGCCUGCGUGGGACGCGCACCUGGCGACGCCCCCGGCGCGCGGCGCUCGUUGAUGCCGUUCCGGGGUGACUGGGAGCGGAGAUGCUGGAGCUGCGGCACCGCGGGGGCGGCCCCGGGCCCGGGCCUGGGGUGUCGCCGCCCCGCGAGGGGGACGCCGCGGGCGGCGACCACGAAACCGAGAGCACCAGCGACAAAGAGACAGAUAUUGAUGACAGAUAUGGAGACUUGGAUUCCAGAGCAGAUUCUGAUGUUCCCGAAAUCCCACCUUCCUCAGACAGGACCCCCGAGAUCCUACAGAAAGCACUGUCUGGCUUGUCCUCAAGGUGGAAAAACUGGUGGAUCCGGGGGAUCCUCACGCUGACCAUGAUCUCUCUGUUCUUCCUGACCAUCUACAUGGGGUCCUUCAUGCUGAUGCUGCUGGUUCUGGGCAUCCAAGUGAAGUGCUUCCACGAAAUCAUCACGAUAGGUUACAGAGUCUACCAUUCUUACGAGCUUCCGUGGUUCAGAACGCUCAGCUGGUACUUUCUCCUGUGUGUGAACUACUUCUUCUAUGGAGAGACUGUUGCUGAUUAUUUUGCUACAUUCGUUCAGAGAGAAGAACAACUUCAGUUCCUUAUUCGCUAUCAUAGAUUUAUAUCGUUUGCCCUCUACCUGGCAGGUUUCUGCAUGUUUGUUCUGAGCUUGGUGAAGAAACAUUACCGUCUGCAGUUUUAUAUGUUCGCAUGGACUCAUGUCACUUUACUGAUAACCGUCACCCAGUCGCAUCUGGUCAUCCAAAAUCUGUUUGAAGGCAUGAUAUGGUUCCUUGUUCCGAUAUCAAGUGUUAUCUGCAAUGACAUUACUGCGUACCUUUUUGGAUUUUUUUUUGGAAGAACCCCAUUAAUUAAGUUGUCUCCUAAAAAGACUUGGGAAGGAUUCAUUGGCGGUUUCUUUUCAACAGUCGUGUUUGGAUUCAUUGCCGCCUACGUGCUCUCCAAGUACCAGUACUUCGUCUGCCCCGUGGAGUACCGCAGUGAUGUCAACUCCUUUGUCACCGAGUGCGAGCCCGCAGACCUCUUCCAGCUGCACAGCUACUCGCUGCCCUCCUUCCUGAAGGUGGUGCUGAGACGGGAGACAGUGAGUCUGUACCCUUUCCAGAUACACAGCAUUGCUCUUUCAACCUUCGCUUCUUUAAUCGGCCCAUUCGGAGGCUUCUUUGCCAGUGGAUUCAAAAGAGCUUUCAAAAUCAAGGAUUUUGCAGACACCAUCCCUGGGCAUGGCGGGAUCAUGGACAGGUUUGAUUGUCAGUAUCUAAUGGCAACUUUCGUGCAUGUCUACAUCACAAGCUUCAUAAGGUGCAGAGCAGCCACCCCCAAGGACCGAGGCGGCUCCGGGGGCCCAAAUCCCAGCAAAGUCCUGCAGCAGCUGCUUGUGCUUCAGCCCGAACAGCAGCUGAGCAUCUACAGGACCCUGAAGACGCACCUCACCGAGAAGGGCAUCCUGCAGCCUGUCCUGAAUGUGUGACCGGCCAGGGCCUUAGAGGACUGGACCAGAGAGCCAGACACACAAGAUCCUGUUGCUGUGCGAAAAAAUGGUUGAGAAUGCAAUAGAUUGACAUUUUGCAGACAUAAAUGUUUCUCCUCUGAAAUUACUGUGAAUAUUUAACAAGUACUCAGUCUGGGUCCUGAAUUAAGCAGCAGAUUGCCAGCCAAACGGCCUGUCCUUGUUCUAUGUGCUUUCUAACGCUGCCUCCUUUCACCUUUGCUGGGUUUCAUUGUCUGAGGGAUUUGUAUUUUAGGGUCAAACGCUACUUUUAAAGGUGUCUUCACAUCGUGCCCGGCAGUGGAAUCUUUGGCACAAAUAUUUACUUUUACCUGUGGAGCUGCUCUUUAAUUUAUCAGAAUGAUUUAUGUAGGGUACCAUAGGAACGGGCUUUCCUGCACGUCCUCCUCCCCUGGUCCCAGGGCCAUUCUGAAGGGCCAAGGGCAGGGGAAGAAGACAAGGCACCCGCACCCUUUUUCUCUCUCGCCUCCCCCUCGCCUUCCCUUCCUGUCUCCUUCCUUGCUUCUUGUCUUUUGUGCCUCCCUCUGUCUGUCUCUGGCCCAGGGGAUGACACCCAGAGCCUUGCAUGUGCAGGGCUCAGGUUCUGCUGUUGUGGCACUGCAGCCACCCGUCCACUUUUCAAGGCAGUAGUCACUUGCCAGGAGCAAAUGUUCUUCUGUUAGCCGCGUUCAAAAUUCAGGAAAGGGAGGCUGCGGUUUCUGCCAUCACUGCUUUGUAAGAAGUGCAGGCAUUAAAGUGUCUGAUAAAAUUGUUAGGAAACCUUCCCGGGAGAAACCCGGGUGGUUCCCACUGGCAGAGCAGGCCUGCAAGGUGCUGCCCACAUACUCCACAGACUGGACAUGCUGGGCCUGGCCCCUGUGGCUGGAGUUUCCUGCUCUCUGUGCCCCACUGCGCUCUGCCUUCACGGAGCUGAGGCCCAGACACCAGCAGGUCAGCACAGGGCAGCAGUGACCAUGGCAGGUGGGGGCAGGUCUUGCGUGUGGCCAUGUGCACUGUGUAGAUGCGGACCUGAGCCUGCAGCUCCUGGGUGCUGAGCUCGGGCUCCCCAUCCUGAGCCCAAGCAGAGGCGAGUCCCACCACGACAGCAGACACGCACCAGCCAGCUGCUUGCUGUUGGGGAUGGACAGUGACAGAGGAGAGUAAUCUCUCCGCGUUUUUAUCGGUAGUGUAUGUUUGUGACAUAUGAUGACUUACUGGUACCUAGCCACACUGCAUUGUGUGAUUCCCCUUCCCCUGUCCCUGCCAGCCUCGCCACCCCUUUCCCGCUCCGCACCUGCAGGGGCCCCAGGGCUGUGCAAGGCUGCACCCCACCUCCUGUCAGGCAGUUGGCAGGAAGCUCUCAGGAAUCACCAGUGUCUCUGGCUCAGCAUUCAGAAGGGAGUGGCAGAUCUGUUUUAAAGAAUGGUCUGCUAAUGAAGAGAGUAAGUAUUUUUGAUUAAAUCAGGAACAGGUGAUGGUGGUUUUGCAUUUCCAUCCUACUCCCUGAAAUAAAAGAUUGUGGACCUUACGGUCUUAGCCUGGGCCCUGCGGGUCACGGAAGACACAGUCACUCCAGAAUGCGUCUCAGUUUUGUUCUGGCCUGGCAGGCACUGAGCCAAGUGGCCACCACUGCAUGUGUCGAGUUGGCGCAGUUCAUGCUGCCCCCUAGAAGCUUAGAGUCUACUGAAGGAGGGGAUGGGGUCAUGCUGGAGGUCGGACCACCUGUGAGUGUUCAGUAUCCUCUAUCUCCUGGUUUUAUUUGUCCCAUUAAAAGAUCCACAUGUUGAUCCUAAGAGCGUUUCAGGACCCCAGAAUUUUAAAGUAUGUUCAAUGAAAAUGUCCUAUGGGAGGUCCCACUGAGAACUUGGCAGCUUGUGGCUUGUCAAGUAAAAACUUGCAGAUGUGUAGCUCCCAACACAUUUGCCUUUCCAGUAGUUGGUGAGGCUUUGCAAGGUAGAAUUAUGAAGGCAUUGCUAAAUAUAUGUAUUAUAAAAUCAGUGUCAUCAUAAAAAGUAUGAAACUAGAACUCUGGGGUCACAGUAAGAGCUUUUUCUCAAAUAUACUUUUAGAGUUGGGUGUACAUUAUAUGUAAAAAAAUUCUUAAUUUUAACAAACCUAUAAUGAUUAAUCUUUUUAGCAUACUUUUUAUAGCAUGUAUAUUAAAAUAGAAUAUAUUUUAGCAAAGAAAUUGCCAUAAAACCAUGACUGGAUCACUUUUCUAUUUGCACUGUGACGAGGGCUUAGAUUCCAGCGAAGCCGUGUAGUAGCGGAGCUGAGACGCCAGCCAGCGACUUCCUGCGGGCGGCUGCGGCUCCCAGCUGCAGACCUGCGCCCCGGGAGGAGGGAGGAGCUGCCACGGGACCUGCACUCAGCUGGCCGAGUCAGAGCUGCAGGGCACGGUGCUUCCUCAGCGCCUCCCUCCUGCGUCACUCACUGGCACUGAGAAUGAAGAGACCUCGCCACCCACUUGGUUUUCCACGUACAGCACCUCUUCCUUUGCACUUUGGCUUGAACUAAGACAGUGUCACCUUGUUCCACAGAGAAGGAACAGUGGGAACUGUGUGUAUUGUACCUGGGUGAGGGUGCACGAUGUAUAUCCCCCCGCUCUCAGUCUUUUUACAGCAUUGAGAUGGGACAAUAAAUCCAAACAUCGCA